AUUCGCUGCAUUCAGUCAACGCACGACAGUCCGCGGAGUAGCUUACCGGUUACGUACCGUGUGUGAAGUCAAUGAUUAUACGCAUAUAAUACAGGUGUGAAACGAAUUGGUGCACGAAUUUUCGUUGAAGUUCACAUUUGAACGAUAACACGUGUAGAUAUCGAGGUGCAAAGAUUAGUGCAAACGGUGUCCCAGGAGUGUCUUAGAACGCCGUCAGCCUGUACGACCACACAAUGCGUUGCUACGCAACGAUCACCACGGUGGCUUCGGUAAUAGUGGGACUUUUGGCUCUAGCAAAAACAGGAUAUGGCCUCGAUUGUGACUUCUGUUACGGCGAUGAAGAUUGUUCGCUGGGAUUGGAGGUGCCCGUGGUAGAGUGCGACGAGGAAUCGGUUCAGCUGACCAACAGCAGUUUGGCCAGCUUCAUCCGACCGCUGAGCACUGCGCUGCCCACGAAACAUAAUCACUACGAGUGCAUCCACGUGCGUGCUACAUCUGUGAGUGGCCACGUGUUCCUGUUUACCCGAGGCUGUGUCCAUCAGUUGGAGGGAGGAAGACACUUUUGCUCCCUACCACAUGCGGCGUUUCAGGGAUCGCUCGAGUGCGUUGCCUGCGUUGGAGAUCGAUGCAACAACGUUCCCGUACUGCAGGAAGGAUCCGCUGCCAUGACCAGGAGAAGUUCGUUGAUCUCUCUCGCCGUCUGUUCGUUACUUGCAGUUUCGCUUUCCACAUUAGCAGCACCGUACAGCUGAUGGAUAAUGAGAAUAAAAAAGCUUUAGGCGGGCUGUAGCUUACUACAAUUAAAGUGCA